UUUGUGAUUCACUGCAUGGGACGGCACUUUGAGACUGCGCAGAGUGUCCCACUGCCCACACAAAUGUGUCAGGGCCUCAUAUGGGGCACCCUCCCACACACCCUCCGCCCACUGGGAGCUGCAUUUAAGCUGAGGGCAUUCAUUUGGUCAUUUGAGCUGCAGUGGGCUCAGAGUGUUCUUGUAGCUCUUGACAACCUGCCCUUGGACCUGCAUUGCAACUGUGGACUUAUCUGGGGAUCUGGACUGCGGCUGUCCUUGAUUGAGUCGCCCUUCGCUUCAACCAUGAAGCUGAUUUUGAUCUUCAGUGCCCUCUUUGGGGCUGCCUUGUGCCUGGAAACUUUUGUUGGGCACCAGGUUCUCCGAAUCAAGACAAGAAAUGAGGAACAACUGAAGAAGCUACGGUUUUUGGAAACACUGGACCAUCUUGAGCUUGAUUUCUGGUUAAAUCCUUCCACCCCUGCCCUCCCUGUGGAUGUGCGAAUCCCUGCUCACAGCCUGCAGGCAGUCAAAAUCUUCCUGGAGUCCAAUGGGAUUGAGUACUCAAUCCUGAUUGAAGACCUGCAGGUCGUUCUCGACAGAGAAAAGCAAGAUAUAGUCGCCAGUCAACAAAUGGAACGCAGCAGCAGCACUUUCAACUAUGGAACUUACCAUUCUUUAGCUUCUAUUUACCAAGAGCUGGAUAAUCUUGCAUCUGAGUAUGGCAGCAUUGUCAGUAAGAUCCAGAUUGGGGAAUCCUAUGAAAAGCGGCCGUUGUAUGUGCUCAAGUUCAGCACUGGAAGACGAAACCGCCCUGCGAUCUGGCUCGAUGCUGGCAUCCAUUCCCGAGAGUGGGUUACACAAGCGAGUGCAAUGUGGAUAGCUAGAAAGAUUGCCUCUGACUAUGGGAACGAUGCGUCCAUCACCUCUCUGCUGAACAACCUGGACAUUUUCCUACUGCCAGUUGCUAACCCUGAUGGAUAUGAGUUCACUCACACCACAAACCGCAUGUGGCGGAAGACUCGCUCCAAGAACUCAGGCAGUCUGUGUAUUGGAGUGGAUCCAAACAGGAAUUGGGACGCAGGUUUUGGAGGUCCUGGAGCCAGUAGUAACCCCUGUUCUGACUCUUACCGUGGACCCAGUGCCAACUCAGAGGUGGAAGUUAAAUCUGUUGUAAAUUUUAUUAAGAAUCAUGGAAACAUUCAGGCCUUCCUCACCCUCCACAGUUACUCUCAGCUCCUGAUGUAUCCCUAUGGCUAUAAAUGCACUCCACCAGCAGACAACGCUGAGCUGAACACCAUAGGGAAAGCUGCUGCCAAUUCCAUCCGGUCCCUGUAUGGCACGACUUACACAGUGGGGAGCAUUUGCUCUACUAUCUACCAAGCCAGUGGAGGCAGCAUUGACUGGAGCUACGAUUAUGGCAUCAAAUACUCAUUUGCCUUUGAGCUGCGAGACACAGGUCGCUAUGGAUUCCUCCUUCCAGCCACCCAAAUUAUCCCCACUGCGGAGGAGACCUGGCUGGGUCUGAAAACAAUCAUGGAGUACGUACGAGACAACCCAUACUAAAAGCAGGGAUGGGAACCAGCUGCCAAGAGCAGCAAGCUCAGAAAUCCUCUUCCUUUGGCAUGCUCAAGAAAGCUGUAAUCAUGCAGCAGCUAUCUGAAUAAAAACCCUGCAUGCA